UCACCCAUGUUCAAAACUCUCAAUCUUUACUAUCAAAAUCUGAUCUUGUCCCUGUACGUCUUUUCAAAACACUAUGCAGACUAUAUUAUAUUUAGCCACAGGAAGUCUAUAUUGAUGCAGUCUAGAAAGUUUUGGUUUACUUGAGUGCAUCCACACACUAUUCAGGACAUGCAGCUAUACCAAUGAAAUUGACAGUAAGGCUCUUGUUUUGUGUGUAUCCUGGAUUGUGCAAAAAUCGUAAAUGUAGUCCAAAAUGCUACCUAGGAUAAAAUAACUUCAACUGGUGAAGGGUUGUAUUCUGUCAAACAUUCAGUUGUGCACGAUCUUCACAGAUAACAGUGGGGCCAAAUAAGACCUUACUGAUUGCACUGACAGGGCUCAUGAUCUUGUUGUAGGAGAGAAGUCCAAAAAUGACAGCGCAGCCAAAAGCAUGACAUAAUUUAAUGUAUUCAUGUGACUUAAAUGCAGCAGAAAAUCUUUAUGGAUUGUUUGUUAGUCAAUGAAUUCAGACUGUGUCAUAAUCUGGUUGUCCGGUGUCUACAAAGCUCAAGUGAGCAUGAAUUUUGUCACACUUGAACUUGAAUUACCCUCACAAGUUUCCAGUUAGUUUUGGACAUCUACAACAGUAACAUGCUGCUUACACACUGAUGCUUCGGUAUUAAUAAUCUAAUGAUGUCAUAUAUAUUAGUCAGAGGGACGAAAUGAGUGGGACAACUUUUACUUUAAUACUUUAAAUACAUUUUGCUGCUAAUAUUUAUGUACUUUUACCUAAGUAGGAUUUGUCAUGCAAGACUUUUAGUUGUAAUGGACUAUUUUUACUUUGCUGUGUUGGUACUUUUACUUAAGUAAAGGAUCUGAAUACGUCCUCUACCACUGCCUUAAAAAAAAAACAAAUGUUUCUCUAAAAUAUUGUUUGUCUCUGGUGUUUUGCAACCCUAUGUAACACUGCGUCUCCUGAACGUACCUCUGUGGGUAACGACGUGCUGACGUAAGACGUGUGAACAACAAACAGUUGUUGGACUUCAACAAGCUAGCGAAUAGCAACGCCAGACAAAAACAGGUCCCACGUACUUCUCCCGGACAGUGAGAUAUCUACGAGACGUGUACGAUCGGCAUAUAGUUUAAUAUAAUCUCAUAAUAAUCAGCACUGUUAGGAGCGGCAAGUGUGUCUUCGGCUCGGAUCCCUGGCGGUAACGUUAGCCACCGAAACAUGCUCAUUGCUCAGAGUGUGACGCCUGUUUUUUUCCUCGCCGCCGCUGGUCGAGGGUUGUGAUGCGAGCCGAGUUGCAGCACGACAGAGGGUGAGACAAGAGCUACACAGCCGGAAAAUAUUUUUUUUCUUGACACAGAAGAAUGGACUUUGUCGGGGGGAAACGUAACGAAGCAGGCAUGCGACCGUACACGGGCCUGGGUGUCAUUGUCGGGCUACAACUUUAGCAACCUAGCUAACGUUAGCUCGCUUAAAUUCAUGCAAAUGAAUUGGUUUGGUGUCGGGCUGUGAGCUCACUUUGCUAGCGUAAUGGAGGCACCCUGAGUGACUUGUUCAUUUCAAUUGACUGUCCUGGUCCUCUUAAAUACUGCUGGCAAUGUGCUGACGACCAGGGAGCCUUUCAUCGGUUCCCUUUUUGGAGCAAUAGGACACGGUUGGCAGAAAUUAUUAAGUGGUAACUGUGACUGCCUGGCUUGGUGAUAGUUGAGCAAAGUUGCCUAGUUUGUCAAAUAAAUACUGACAUAGUACUUCACACAGGUAUCACAUAUUUAUUGUAUUGAUAUUUGUGUGGAUUUGCACUUUAUCUUACAUUUUUAAAGGAUGCAACAAAGUCACUUGUGAUUUGGACUAGUGCAAGCUAUUAUUUAAAUCACUUUAUCCCCCAAAGCAACAAACCGGGCAAUACGCAGGAAUAAUUUUCUGAUUGCACUUAAAUAUAAUUUGGUCAAUAAAGGGCCAGCAUAGGUGCACAUCUACGUGUGUUUUAGUGAGACUGAGGCCAGAGACUGGCUUAUUCAUGUCAGUUGGUUCCUAGUUACUGUUUAACCUAAUAUCCAGGCUGUCUGGCACAGUUAAAGACUGAGUUUCACUGGAAAUGAAAACAUGAAUAUCGAAGAGCAGCGUUUAGAUUUGUGCAAUGUUAAGACAAAAAGUAACGUGGACGAUGACCACAACACUACCAACAACAGCGAAGGGGUCAUCCCCCGGAUCUCUGAACUGAUGACGGACAGUAACGCUGAAAAACAAAACAUUGUUCCCACAGAGGCCUCUGAAACGUACCUGAUGCCUCAGCUCACUGACAACCUUCAGGUGGCCGAGGAGGAUAACCACCAGGCACAAGACACACUGGAAAUUGAUGAGGUCAAUGGAAAUAGAAAGAGCAGUGCCCAAGACACCCCUGCUUUAGCAAAUCCCACUGACUUGAUCUUUUCUAAUGAUGAGCAGCACAAGGACAAUAUUGUGGUGGAGAAAAGGAAGGACAAUAAGGACACUGAUCCUGCAAAGUUUGUUGUGGGUGAAGGGGAUGAUGGCGGGGACAUGGACAUUGGUGUGGAUCUGAGUCUCGACGAGAGUGGGGUGUUGGAGGCUGAAUCGACAAAUGUCAGAUUUUUGUCAGACAAUACUUUAGACUCAGAGUUCACAACUCAAGAUGCCCCAGCUGGCAGCACAGCGGACAGCCUCUCAGAUGCAAACCAGACGAGUAGCACAGAAGCUUCUGCCACAGACCAGGCUGUGCUGUACCCCUCAGUGCAGGAGGGGGAUGAUAAACACAAACCAAGUGGCAAACGGGUGACGUUUCCCUCAGAUGAGGAUAUUGUCUCUGGAGCAGUGGAGCCCAAGGACCCCUGGAGACAUGCUCAGAAUGUGACGGUGGAUGAGAUCCUCUCCUCCUACAAACAGGCCUGUCAGAAGCUCAACUGUAAACCCAUUCCCAAAGUGCUCAAACAGAUACAGGAACUGAAAGACCUGACACAGCGAAAUGAAUGCUUAGAUCUAAAAGGUGAGAAGUUGGACUACAAAGCAUGUGAGUCUCUGGAAGAGAUUUUGAAGAGAGUCCAGUUUAAAGUGAUCGACCUGGAGCAGACCAACCUGGAUGAAGAUGGUGCAUCAGCUCUGUUUGACAUGAUAGAGUACUAUGAGUCAGCCACACAUCUCAACAUCUCCUUCAACAAGCACAUUGGCACGCGGGGAUGGCAGGCGGCGGCUCACAUGAUGAGAAAGACGAGCUCUCUGCAGUAUCUCGAUGCACGUAACACUCCUCUGCUGGACCACUCGGCUCCCUUUGUGGCACGAGCGCUCAGGAUCAGUGGCAGCCUGGCAGUCCUCCACCUCGAGAACGCUGGUCUGUCUGGCAGACCGCUCAUGUUACUGGCUACAGCACUGAAGAUGAAUAUGAACCUGCGGGAGUUGUACCUGGCAGACAACAAGCUCAAUGGCCUGCAAGAUUCAGCCCAGCUCGGCAACUUGCUGAAGUUCAACUACAACAUUCAGAUCCUGGACCUGCGCAACAACCACAUCCUAGACUCUGGUUUGGCCUAUGUGUGUGAAGGACUAAAAGAGCAGAGGAAAGGCCUUGUCACUUUGGUGCUAUGGAACAACCAGCUCACACACAACGGCAUGGGCUACCUCGCUGCUGCACUGCCUUGCACCCAGAGUCUGGAGACUCUGAACCUCGGCCAUAACUCGGUGGGUAAUGAAGGGGUUCACAAGCUGAAAGACGGACUGAUUGCCAACCGCUCUGUGCUCAGGCUUGGCCUCGCCUCCACCAAGCUGUCCUGCGAAGGAGCUGUUGCUGUGGCUGAAUUCAUCGCUGAGAGCCCCAGACUACUGCGACUGGACCUUCGAGAAAAUGAGAUCAAGACAGGCGGACUGAUGGCUCUGUCGCUUGCCCUAAAAGUCAACACCUCUCUGCUGCGUCUUGAUCUCGACCGGGAGCCCAAGAAAGAAACUGUGAAGAGUUUCAUUGAGACCCAGCGUGCACUGCUUUCUGAGAUCCAGAACGGCUGCAAGAGGAACUUCAUCCUGGCCAAAGAGAAGGAGGAAACGGAGCAGAAGAUGAGGCAGUCUGCAUCCAUGGCUGAAAUCGCCACAGAGGAUGGAACCAGAGAAGAAGAGGAAGAACCAGCAUCACAGGAGAAAGGGGACAAAGAGGGCAAAGAAGAAGAAACAACAGGAAGCAAAGGACAGACAAGCAGCCAAUCAGGAGCAAGCUCUGAGACGAGCGUUCCUCAGAUGACCCUGGAGUCAGACUCGGAUACUGAGGAUGAGGAGGAAGAGGAGGUGGUCACUAAGUCCUCAAACUCCUCCUCUCGUUCAAACCAGACUGCUCCUCAAACCCAGACAGGGGUCGCACAGCCCCCCCUCAGUGCCUCACGUACAUCCCCGUCUGCCUCACCUACCGGCGGGCCGAGUGUCAUAUCAGGCAUCACCGUCACAGAAUCCACAGCUCCUCCCGGCACGCCUCCAUCCCCGGGACGCUGUAUAUCCGUCUCAAGUCCAGGGAGGGGUCAUAAGAUCUUCAUGGUAACUCGGGUGGAGAGCCCGCCUGAGCAGCAGCAGCUACAACUCCAGAUGAACACACCUGCAGCUCCCAGCCAGGCUAAAGAGACCUCAAAGAAGCCUUUAGACGCAAGCACACAGCAGACACAGCCGCCGCCCGCAUCUCAAACACAACUGAGUUCACCUGCUCCGUCAACAGACUGUCCCCUGACAGAGCAGAGUCCCGUAGCACGUGUGGAGCCCACACUGAAUGCUACACAGACCCACACACCAGAGCCACAGUCUGAGGACGUCAUAGCUAGCACUUUAGACCCAAAAGUGACAGAUCCAAGUCUACAAGCACCAGCCCUGCCUUUAAGCUCCUCGCCGGUGCAGGCUGUAGCAUUUCAGCUCACUAAGGAAGUAACGGAAAGCACUAAAAACCCCCAACCUGAGCCCACUUGUGUAGAACAGCAGCUUGCUGAAGAAAAGAAGGAGGAAGAGGUGCAGAAAGAGGGUCUACCAGAGGAGGAGAAACAUGUGAUGGCACCAGAAAGCGCAGAAGGAGAGCAUAAACCACCAUUAGCAUCUGCACUUGAACAGAUACAGAAUGAGCUAGCAUCUGCGUCAGAGGAGACCCAGUCAUCGAACCAAACAAAGAAAGACGACGAGGCGCUUCCACAGCAGGAGAAGCAGGAGACACCCACCAGCCUGUCUGAAAAACCUUUAACAGAGGAAGAGGACAGACAGCAAAGCCAAGAAAAACCGAGUCUAAAGCCAGACGGAGAACAGCAGCAAACUGCACCAGAUGAGAAGGAAGUAGUGCAGCCUGUUCUCUCUGUCCAGACUGACGAACAGGCACAAGGAGGAUCACAGGAGCCAAAUCCUCGAGCAGGAGAAGCCUCAAAGAGCCCCGCCAUAUCCUUACCUGCCUUGGCCGGAUCUGAAGCUGCUGCAAGUUCAAACUCGCCUUUCGAGGUGGAGGAAUCGCCUGAUGAGAGCUCUGCGGAUGAGGGCGAGUGUUUCGGUGAGGCUCUAAUCAGCGUGGAGGAUGAGGUUGUGAGUUCAGCUCUGCCCAACGGCCUGAAGCCCGAGUUCUCCCUCCAUCUUCUUGACCCUGAAAGCCCCAAACCAGGCAGCUGUGUGAUGGAGCACGUGAGUGUGAGCUGCGGACAAGACCUGGAGGAGCUGCUGCUAGAAGCCAGUUUGGAGACGGGGAGAGACGCACCAUGAGGUUGUGAGGGACUGCAAGGACAGGAGGAAACAGCUCAGAUAGUUUUGUCUGGCUCUACUACAUGACUGGUUGCCCCUACAGUACAAUCUUCUGUCAUUUCUUUGACUUUAUUACCAAAACAACCGUUCCACAAAGGACACGAGGACCUGCUGUUACAGUUGAAGCUCUUAUACAAGAAAAAAAAAACAAAUCACGGAAAGGACAAAAUCAUCUUCUCGACCUUGGCUGUGACAAAUAAGGAAUUCUCUACAUCCACACUACAUCAACCACUGACACACACGUACAUAUGCACAUUUAGUCUGAGGAAAAGGGGAGAAAAAAAGAAAUAAAAUCACCCUGUUAUCACUACAUCUUGUCAUUCUGCAGUCUUUACCUGUGAGCAAGAAAGAAGAGCGAUGAGGGGGGGGACAACUGGGGGGAGGAUAAAACACUAACCAAAGACUGACCUUUCUCACACCCCUGCUUGCUCUCUUGUGUAGAUAUCCACUGAAGUUGGGGAAAGUACAAGCAAUUAAACUUUUGGGGGGGUUUUUUGACACAAAGACAUACAACUUUAAGGUUGUGUUUAGAAAGUGGGGCUGACAGCACCACUCAGAAGACACACGGACCCUGCUGAGCGGACCUGCUGGCUUUAAACACUUGUUCUAGAGGUGGAAGUGGGUCACUGUCAAAGGCUUUUAUAUCCAAGGAAGCUGAAGAUUUCAACACGUCUGUUUAAAUGUUUCGUCUGUGUCCCCACUCUCUACUAUUAUCCCCUCGUAAAAAAAAAAAAAAAAAAAAAAAAAAAAUUAAAAAGAAACCUCUAAGGGACCUCUGCCAAAGUGACCUCCUUCUUGUCUGUUUUCUCGUCCUCUGCUCACUUUGGCCCCUCAGGAAUCAGCGUCCCCCAUCCUCCCGUCAGUCGGAGCUGCAGCUUCCUCCCGCCUGCCUCCGCUACAACAAAAACUGCUUUUUUUUGAAAGAAAACUCAGAACUUCUGCGAAUGUUGGAAAGCAAGACGUCUGCCUUUUUGGUUGAGUUAUUUACAGUAAAGAGGGAAAAAAAAAAAAAGUUUUUGUUUCCUUUUUUUUUUUUUUUUUUUUUCUCUGCAACUUCAGACACUAUCAUCACUUUGUCCGACCAGUCGUCGUUGUGAUUUGUGUGAAACUCGUCAGAGCGUAAAGAAAAAGCAGCUUGGUCUGUGUCGUGACCUCCCCCUCUCCUUCCUCUUGUGUCCCUCGGUCUUCCACCGGUACCUCUCCUCUGCUCCAGCUCAUCAUCAUCAUCAUCAUCAUCAUCAUCAUCAUGUUGCCUUCAGCUCACCACUUCACUUCACACUCAUCUUUGUUUCUGUUUGGCUGCUUUGAGAAAUCAGUUGUUUUUUUUGUAUUUAUUUUAUAGCUAUAUGAGCCUUCUCUGAUUUAUUUCCCCUCCCCUUCACCCCUCUCCUCAUUUUAUCUUUCUUUUUCCAUUUUUGGGGGUUGCUUUUAAAGAUCCCCCCCCCCCCCCUCUUUUUUUUUUUUUUCUUUUGAUGUAUAUUUCAGAUUCAGACUAGAGCAAAUAUUUAGUUUUGUUUUGGUUUUUUUUGGGAGGGGGGGACAGGCAAUCUGUGUUGGGCGGAAAAGGUAAAUAUGAUAGUUGACUACGGUAGCAGUCGGGGUGCAGUUAUGAAAGUAAACACAAGGAAGCAGCAAACAUAAUGGUUCUCCUGUUGUUUUUAGUGUAACACUACUCUGCUGAGUGAAAAUGUGGCCACAAGGGGGCGCUGGCAGUUAUGGUGUUUUUCCCUACAGGAGACAACUGAAAGAUAUCACAUACAACACACCGUUCAAAUCCAGCUCCUGUCCUGAAUUUUCCAGAGCAAGGCAGCGAGACUUCACUUGAAAUGUCAACUUCAUGUAUGUUUGUGAAGAAAGCCGGUUUUCCAUGCUCUGAAUUUUUCCUGAAGUAGAUACAGGCAGGUGUGUGUGUGUGUUUUGUUGUUUUUUUUUCUUUUCUCCUGGGAAAGAGCAGUGUUUGAUGAUCCUCCUGCUCUUCAUUCGCUCCACCCAACAGAUGGUUUUGAGAGCUGAAAUCAUUGUUGCUGUGCUGCCCCCACUGUUUGUAAUGCUUUAAUUUUUAGAAAUUUUUAAUAAUUUGUUAACUUAAUUGAAAUGUGCUGGUAAUCACAAAGAUAUGUAUGGCGAAAUUUGUUCCUCUCAAAUAAAUGCAUGUAAUGACUAAUGAUAUGUCUGAAUGUUUCACUGAAAUUUCUCAAGUUUGGGACUUUUUUUUUUUUUUUCUUCUUCUUUUUUUUGCGAAUUUUGUAUGAGAAACGGGAGAAGUCUGUGUUCAGAUGGAGUUUGGUUGGGAUAUUUGGAUACAACUGAUGACUUUCAGAUGUGUGUUGCAGAGAAUUAAAUCAAUAUAUCACUUCUAUAAGAACAGUACUGGUUAAUAAAUAUACAUGAAAAAGUG